UCUGAGCUUCUAAAAAUAGAGAGGAAAUGGGGCCCUUUGGGUCACUCCAGGCACCGCCUCCCCCAGCCCCAUAUCCACCCCCACUGCCCACUCAAGGCCAACCUCUCAUUGUGGGAGAGCGCACUCUCUUCAGUGGAUGCCUGCAGCAGAUGCCACGAAGUUCUGGAACUGGAUACAGCGGCCUGCCCAGGGACCCCAGCAUGCCAGACAGCAGAGAACCCCUGCAAGACAGCCAGCAGGGUGCCAGCAUGGGGACCACCCAGGACAACUUACAAACCAGGUUCUUAAACAGACUGCUGCCAGGUGGGCCUGGUUGUGUUCGAAAACUUAGUUUGAACCUGCAGUACCAGCAAGGAAUAAGGCCGAAUGUACGAAGCAGCUCCUUGAGUGAUGGACGGAUGCUCUCCAAAGAGUUCCCAGGUCAUGGUCUUGAGCUCUCAACUCCAGAGAAGGCCCUGUUGGAUGCUCCGGAGGAGUCACUGUGGACCACUAGGGCGGAUGGGAGGGUCCGCCUGCGCCUGGAACCCUUCUGCACACAGCAUCCCUAUACUGUGCACCAGAUGUUCUACGAGGCUCUGGAUAAGUACGGGAACCUCAGUGCUCUGGGCUUCAAGCACCAGGAUAAGUGGGAGCACAUCUCUUAUUACCAGUACUACCUGAUUGCCCGCAAAGUUGCCAAAGGCUUCCUGAAGCUUGGCCUGGAGCCAGCCCACAGCGUUGCCAUCCUCGGCUUCAACUCCCCAAAGUGGUUCUUCUCUGCAGUGGGCACGGUGUUUGCAGGUGGCAUCGUCACCGGCAUCUAUACCACUAGCUCCCCAGAGGCCUGCCAGUACAUCGCCCAUGACUGCCGUGCCAACAUCAUCGUGGUCGACACACAGAAGCAGCUGGAAAAGAUCCUGAAGAUAUGGAAAGACUUGCCACAUCUGAAGGCAGUGGUAAUAUUCCAAGAACCCCCUCCAGAGAAGAUGGCCAAUGUGUACACGAUGGAAGAACUCAUGGAACUGGGGCAUGAAAUACCUGAGAAGACUCUGGAUGCCAUCAUUGAGGCCCAGCAGCCCAACCAGUGCUGCGUGCUGGUCUACACAUCAGGCACCACUGGGAACCCCAAGGGCGUGAUGCUGAGUCAAGAUAAUAUCACGUGGACAGCACGGCAUGGCAGCCAGGCUGGGGACAUCCAGCCAGCUGAAGUUCAGCAGGAGGUAGUGGUCAGCUAUCUGCCCCUCAGCCACAUUGCAGCCCAGAUCUAUGACCUGUGGACAGGCAUCCAGUGGGGGGCCCAAGUCUGCUUUGCAGAUCCCGAUGCUCUAAAGGGGAGCCUGGUGAACACACUUCGGGAGGUGGAGCCCACAUCCCACAUGGGGGUACCUCGUGUGUGGGAGAAGAUCAUGGAGCGGAUCCAGGAGGUGGCAGCUCAGUCUGGCUUCAUCCGGCGCAAGAUGCUGCUGUGGGCCAUGUCAGUGACCUUGGAGCAGAACCUCACCUGCCCUAGCAAUGACUUGAAGCCCUUCAUGGGUAGACUGGCAGAUUACCUGGUACUAGCCAGGGUCCGUCAGGCUCUGGGCUUUGCCAAGUGUCAGAAGAAUUUCUACGGGGCUGCCCCCUUGACUGCAGAGACACAGCGCUUCUUCCUGGGCCUCAACAUCCGCUUGUAUGCAGGCUAUGGCCUCAGUGAGACCACAGGCCCCCACUUCAUGUCCAGCCCCUACAACUACCGGCUGUAUAGCUCUGGCAAGGUGAUACCGGGCUGCCGAGUGAAGCUGGUGAACCAGGAUGCAGAGGGCAUCGGUGAGAUCUGCCUGUGGGGCCGCACCAUCUUCAUGGGCUAUCUGAACAUGGAAGACAAAACACAUGAGGCCAUUGACUCUGAAGGCUGGCUGCACACAGGUGACAUGGGUCACCUGGAUGCCGACGGCUUCCUCUACAUCACCGGGCGACUCAAAGAACUAAUCAUCACUGCUGGCGGAGAGAACGUGCCCCCAGUGCCCAUCGAGGAGGCUGUGAAGACAGAGUUGCCCAUCAUCAGCAGUGCCAUGCUUAUUGGGGACCAGAGGAAGUUCCUGUCCAUGCUGCUAACCCUGAAGUGCACCCUGGACCCAGAAACAUCUGAGCCAACCGACAAUCUGACAGAGCAGGCUGUGGAGUUCUGCCAGAAGGUGGGCAGCAGAGCCAGCACUGUGUCCGAAAUCGUGCAGCAGAGGGAUGAGGCCGUGUAUCAGGCCAUCCAUGAAGGGAUCCAGAGGGUGAAUGCCAGUGCAGCAGCCCGGCCCUACCACAUCCAGAAGUGGGCCAUCCUUGAGCGGGAUUUCUCCAUUUCGGGUGGAGAAUUGGGCCCCACCAUGAAACUGAAACGGCUCACAGUUCUGGAGAAGUAUAAAGACAUCAUCGAUUCCUUUUACCAAGAGAAAAAACAGUAGUCAGAGGGGUGUGCAUGUGGUUUCUGCUGGAUAGUGGCCUGUCAAGCACCCGCCUGAGCUCCCCAUGUGUGUCCAGACAAGCACGGAACUCAGACAAGGCAGUUCUGUCCUUAGUUCAAGGCACAGCACUGACAUCUGCAAUUCCUUCAUGUGCAAAUAGAUUAAAUUCUCAGCACUGCUUCCUGUUCAGGUGUCAAACGAGAUCACUCUUCUUCCAGAACAGAAAGGCCACUCAUUUUGGCCUUAGGUCCAGAUAAACUUCUUAAGCUUCUGGCUCACAUAACAGGUCUGCCAGGGAAGUCUGUUGGGAGAGAGGGAAAGGAAUGAUGGUCCUGCUACUAAUGUGCACUGCAGAGACAGCAGUCACAGCUCACCUAAUGGCCUGACUUAACUCUGGAAUCUUCGACACUCCACCUCCCACACAACGGGCUUGAUACUUAAUAAACUGCUGCUGCCUAUGUGACUAUAUUUAAUGUAUAAUUUGAGUAUUAAACCUUUUAACACAGCUG